UGCGCAGGCGGCAAGGAUUCAAGACACGAUACAACCCCCGGGGGCGGUCCCCACUCGCCGUUGUUUCCCUUCACCCUCACAGACGCACGAUCCAAAACUCUCGAGAUAUAUCUCACUCACACUCUCUUAAAACUAUCCCACACUGCUCUCGCAUACCAUCUCCAACAAAAAAAAUAAACGACCUUGUCUCACACCUUGCGCAACUUGUCGCAUAACCCGUCGCAUACACACUUGCGACCACCACCAUCUUCUGAUUCGACAUCGAAGCUUUUGCGCAUUCUUCGUCGCAUAUCAACUACCAACACCCUCCUUCACCACCAACCAACCAACCAACCAACCAACCAACAACCACCAAAAUGCGCUCCUUCAGCCAGAUCUUCACUGCCAUCUUCGCGCUCCUCUGCGCCGUCGCCUUCGCUCAAGAGGAGGGAUACGACGCCACUGUCUACAUCACCUCCACUGUCUACCGCGUCAACACUGUCACCAUGUCCAGCUCCGCACCCGCUCCCGGUUACACCCCCGCCAACAGCACCAGCACCAUCUCUGCUACCCACCCCACCAUCAUCCCCAGCUACAACGCUGGCAACGGUACCUCCGGUGUUGCGCCUACUGCUUCCGCUCCUACUGUUGGUGCGCCAUCUGCCAGCAAGCCUGCUGAGUUUGAGGGUGCUGCUGCGUCCAUCAAGGUCAACACCAUGGUUGUUGCGCUCGCUGCUGGUGUUGGCUACCUCGUCUUGUAAGAGAUAGGAAAACCGCUUUCCGUGCAUCAUCGACUGGUGCGCUGUCUUUGAUUCAACGAGCGCACGCGUUCAAAGCCUUUCUUCAUGUCCUUUGCCUGUAACCCAUAUCACGAGGAUGCAUGUCCGUUCACGUCUUGUUCUUGCGCUCUUCGCAUCAUACCCCCUUUUACCCCCUUGGACUUGUCCUUGGGUCUUGUUUUACAUUCAAUCUGCUUUCCAACUUGGGCACUUCCAAACCCCUUUAUUACCCCUCACACUCCUUUGUAAUCACACUU